UAGUCUGUAACGAAUACACAGGAAGCGAUGGUAGGGCCAAUAGGACGUCAAGGGUCAUCGUCAACAGCCCGUGCAGCCCAAAUACCAACGUUGAACGAACUCUUCAACGACGACGACGGUCUGGAAAGCAUGAGCGGAUCGCGCACGCCAAGUCUCAGCGAUGUCCCAGAAGAAAGCCUUACUCCCCCAGUCACCGUACCGAGUCCCAAUCUUCACUCGCCUUACCUCCAUGCUACCCACCAGGCGACAGCAUCGACCUCGACAUUUAAUGCAUCUGUGAGCAUCCCAGGUACGCCGCGCAUGUCGACAGGACCGAGGAAGCCCUCGAAUUUGCGCCCCAAUGGCGACCGCCCGCCACCGCGUUCCACUAGCGACAGCGUUGUCGGUAUAUCGAAUGGGUCUACUUCCUUGAAAAAGAGAGCUUCCAGUCCAGGGCAUGGUUCAAGUAGGGAUGGCAAGACUAUUAAGGGGAGGGAGCAAAAGAUCCGCAAUAUUCCUCGUCUCCCUCGCUCUGAUGAUAUUGAUCCUGCGCCAGCGACCAACAUGUACUGGAGUAAGGCGCCUGUGCAUGGUGCUCUUCCGAUGCGCAAUAUGCGCGCACAUAGCGUCACUCUUGUAGAAAGCUUGGCAUGGCUCUUUGGUGGAUGCGAUGAUAAAGGAUGCUGGAAGGAUGUCUAUUGUUUUGAUACCGAAACUAUGCAAUGGUCUCACCCUGAAAUGGUUGGUGAGGUACCGCCACCUUGCAGAGCACACACCGCAACUUUAGUGCAGCACAAAAUCGUUGUUUUUGGCGGCGGUCAAGGACCUGUAUAUUACAACGAUACUUAUAUCUUGGAUACCGUGGCCAGACGAUGGAUCCAUCCUACAUUUGAUCAUGUCCCCCCGGCUCCCCGUCGUGCUCAUACUGCGGUUCUCUAUAAUAGUAAAAUAUGGAUUUUCGGCGGAGGAAACGGCCUACAGGCCUUAAAUGACGUGUGGACACUUGACGUCGGAGUGUCGAUUGACAAAAUGAGGUGGGAGCAAGUAGAAACUACAGGUAAACCUCCCAAGCCGAGGGGAUAUCACACUGCCAACCUAGUUGGGAGUGUGAUGGUAGUCAUCGGAGGAAGUGAUGGAAAAGAAUGUUUUUCAGAUGUCUGGUGUCUCAAUCUUGAAACGUUGGUGUGGACUCAAAUUUCACUCCAAGUAUCUCACAGGCGUCUGUCGCAUACAGCAACUCAAGUAGGCUCAUACCUAUUCAUCGUCGGGGGUCACGAUGGUAGCUCCUACACCAAUGAACUCCUGUUAUACAACCUGGCAGUAUCUCUUCAGUAUGAACCUCGGCAAAUCUCCGGAAAAGCUCCUUCUCCUCGAGGGUACCACGUGACCUUAAUCGCUGACAGUCGGCUCUUUGUUUUUGGUGGUUUCAACGGGCACGAUGUAUACGACGACGUUCACAUUCUCGAUCUGGCAGGCGCAGCUUAUUUGCCACAAGUGAUGAGCUUUUCGAUCGAUGUUUAGGAGGUGGGGUGAUGAACACAAGUCAAGUUUAUGAUGUCGCCCAGGCCGGGCAAUUUUUUCUUGGUAUACUGUGAUAAUGGUUGACGCUUUUUGCUCAUGCAUAUAGUGACGUCUCGCAGAGCGGGUGUCCUAUUUCAUGCGUUUGGUUUCUUGUUAUGAUAAUAGAUGGUCUAUAAUGUUGUGAGCGUGAUGUUUACCCACCCGUAUUUACAGGUUCUACUAAAUAUCAAGUAGCCGUAGCACCGAAUAAAGUUCUUGAUAAUUUU